AAUUAAACUAUAUUCCAGUAUACAGAGUACUCCUAAUAAUCCUUAAGCUAGGCCUAGUUUAAGAUAAAAGGGUUUUGGAAAUCUUAAACUUACCUUCACUUAAGGCCAACCAAAAACCGACAGCGUAGUGUUCACUGUUGGGUGGGUGGUACCCCCAAACGAGUAGACUAAUCUCUCUCACUAAGGCUAAUAGAGUGGAUUUUGUUGCUGUCUUGGAACCUAUGGCUAAAGAGCACAAGGUGAAUGCAGUUAGAAUGAUGCUGGGUUACUCUAACUGUGCUACUGCUCUUAACAAUAAAUUAUGGGUCUUCUGGAGAGGUGAUAGACUUAAACUCACCCAUGUCCAAGAAUUCACUCAGAUGUACACUUGCCAUUUCUGGGAUAGCAAUCUUAACACAAAAUGGAGCAUCACCUCUGUCUAUGGAAAACACACUGGCAUACAAAGGAGAGAGCUGUGGUCUGAUCUCACUAAUAACAUCAUUAAAGACCAUUUUUGGGUAGUUGGAGGUGACUUCAAUGCUAUAAGCUCCUUUGAUGAACAUAAAGGCUCUACAACCCCAUCCCUUGCUGAACUGAAUGAGUUCAAGGAUUGCACUGAAGCUAUACCCCUCCUUAGCCCUCCCUUCACAGGAGGCAUCUUCACUUGGAGUGGAGUACGGAGUAGGGGCAAAAUCUGGAGAAGACUAGACAGAGCCCUGGUGAAUUCUUAUACUAUGAAUUUCUUCACAGAAAUCACCAUCAAACAUUGCAGCAAAGCAUCCUCUGACCACAAGGCUCUAAUUCUCCAUUGCACCCUUGAAAACUACUUUGGGGCCAAACCUUUCAGAUGCCAAGACUUUUGGUUCAAUCACCACAGUUUCCUCGAGGUGGUGAAAGAAUACUGGGUUAAACAGCAAAUGACUGGAGGGAUGAAAGGACUUGCCACAAAACUAAGAGGGCUCAAGCAUAUCCUUAAAGCCUGGAGUAAAGAUACAUUUGGAGACAUAUUUCAGGCUGUCAAGGAUGCAGAAAUCAAAGCAAUGAAAGCACAGGAAGAUUUUGAAGGCAACCCAGGAGAAGAACUAAGGUCUCGUGCCAACAAAGCCAAUGCUGAACUUAUUGAAGCUACCAAUAGGGAAACCCAAUAUUGGAAGCAAAAAGCACACAUAAAAUGGAUGGAACUAGGGGAUCAAAGCACCUCAUAUUUCCAUUCAUAUGUGAAAGGCAGAAGAAGCGCACUGAAAAUCACAAGCAUAUUGGCUCGAAAUGGAAAGAAGACUUUGGAGGUAGAGGCAAUUAAAAAGGAAGCAGUGGUUUAUUUUAAGGAGGUGUCCAGCUCGUCCAGGAACACAGAUGCAGUUAAUAUCCUAGAACACAUACCUAACUUAAUUAGCCUUGAAGACAAUAAUAUGAUGUGUAGGAUACCAGAUGAAGAGGAAAUUAAACAGGCAGUUUGGGAUUUGAACCCUAACAGUGCUGCAGGCCCCGAUGGUUUUAAUGGUAACUUCUUCAGAAGAUGUUGGAGCAUUAUUAAAGAAGAUGUUACUAAGGCUACUCAAGAAUUCUUUAUUGGUGUACCAACUCCUUUAGCCUAUGGCAGCACCUUCAUUACCCUUAUCCCUAAAAAGGAAGAAUGCACUCAGUUCUCAGACUACAGGCCAAUUUCCCUCUCUACUUUUAUGAGCAAGAUUAAUACUAGGAUUUUGGCUACAAGGCUACAGACCUUACUAUCAAAACUAAUCUCUAAGGAACAAGCAGGGUUUCAAAAGGGCAUGGGAGUGGAGGAUCAAAUUCUAAUGGCAUGUGAAAUGGCUCACAACUUGGAUAAACAUUGUGAAGGGGGCAACUCUAUAAUCAAAAUAGAUAUGGCAAAGGCAUUUGACAAAAUUGAGUGGAACUUUUUAAAGGGCGUCUUAGACAGAUUUGGCUUCUCCCCUAGAGUGCAGGAAUUAUUGAUCUCAAAUCUAAAGGGUACUCACAUUUCAAUUCUUAUCAAUGGUUGCCCAACUGGAUUUUUCAAGAUGGAGAGAGGGGUUAAGCAGAGGGACCCCCUCUCCCCUCUACUAUUCAUCAUUGCUAGUGAAGUCUUCUCAAGGAUGAUUAAAACUUCUAUGGAAAGGAAGUUCAUUCAAAGGUUCAACACAGGAAGGAAUUUCCUGGUGAGUCACUUGGCAUAUGCUGAUGACCUUAUCAUUUUCUUAAGAGGAGGAAUUAGAAACUUCCUAAAAUUCAAAGCCUUGUUAAAGGAGUAUACUAAAGGGUCUGGACAGGAGGUUAAUUACAGCAAAUCUAGAUUCUAUGUUGAGAGCAAGGUCCAAAACAACAAGGUCACCAGAAUGGAAGUAGCCUUGGGGAUGAAAAAUGAUAAAAUGCCUUUCAAGUAUCUAGGAGUUCCAAUUUGCAAGGGAAAGAUCAAAAAAAUCCACUGUCAUGGACUCUUAGAGCAUUUUGAAAAGCAAAUAACCACCUGGUAUAGCAAAAUGUUGAAUCCAAUGGGAAGACUCAUUCUCAUUAAGCAUGUUCUUUCAUCAAUUCCAUUUCACUACUUGGCUAUCCACAGCUUGCCUAUAUCUAUUAUCAACCAGUUGAAUAGGGUUAUGGCUAAUUUCUUGUGGGGUUACACAAAUGGUAAGGCCAAGCAUCACUGGAGAAAAUGGGAAGCUAUUUGCAAACCUAAAGACGAGGGAGGUCUGGGGCUGAGAAAUAUCAAGGAUCUGCAAAAGGCAUACUCACUAAGAAUAUGGUGGAAGGCUCAGAGGGGUAAUAGUAUAUUUGCCUUAUUCAUUAGAGACAAGUACCUGAGGAGAAAUUCAUUCCAAGAAAAAAUAGUGGACUCCCCUAAUUGGAAGAGAAUAUGUAGAGUGGCAUGUAUAGCAGAGGAACACUCGGGUUUGCAAAAUGGUGUUAUGCAUUGGGAUGGGGGAGAAUUCACUCUUAAACAAGGUUACAAUGCAUGCAGGGAAGUGGGGAAUUCACAACUAGGUUACAAACUGGCUUGGCACAAGCUUCAAAUUCCAAGUGUUAAACUAUUCCAAUGGAAAAUUCUGCAAGACAUCAUUCCUUUCCCACAGCUAUACAUCAAAGCUGGCUUCCACCUGCAUUCACAAUGCCCGCUCUGCAAAUCAUGGGAAGCAAGUGUAAACCAUACCAUUCUCCAUUGUGAGUUCAGCAUCAACAUUUGGAACUUCUUUGCAAACCUCCUACAAGGACCAAAAGCCAGAGAAGGAAUUACUUUGAGACAACAUUUCCUAGAAUGGGGUCUUAGAGCAAAUAGUAAGACACAAAGAGGAAACUUGAGAAUGGUUAUACCAGGUAUAAUAGCGUGGAACAUAUGGAAAAUAUACACUGCAGCAAUCUACAAUGAAGACAUCCCCGUUAUGUCCACAGCACUUAAACGAAUAAAAACAACCAUUCAACAUUGGAAUUGGCUACACAGGAAAAAGAGUUGGAUGAUCAGAGACCAAGAAUUGUAUGACUUGGGGUACCAAACCUUCAGCCUCAAUGGGAAGUACAAACCUGUGGAGCAGCUACGGUUUUGCAGCAGUCAUUCGAGAAGGAGGAGAGGAGGCAAUGACGAUUAAGCAGAAGGAACAUCCUCAUAGACUAGUCUGUUGUUUGUGUAUUUUAUUUGUGUAUCAUGUUUUUUUGUCUCUUUUUACUCGGGCUUGUCCUGGUGGGCUGAGUACUCAACUCAACCAUUGUGCUGUAUAAAGUUCUAUAUUUAAUAAACUUUGCUACGGUUC